CGACUCUCUUGUGAGCCGAAAUGCCUCUAAUCACUCAAGUCCAUCGCAAUGUAUGUUUGUGUAGGCGACGAGAGAAAGACUACUUUUGUACUCCAUUCAUGACUUAAUCGGGUUGCUGGCCUAGCUUGAUACGCGGAUUACAAGAGCUACAGUAUUAUGUGCUCACUGAGUAAAUGUUUGUUUGGAGGUGGUUUGUCUUCAUGCUAACUGCCACCACGCCGCUAGCUCACCAGUAUUGGAAUCUGAGCACAGGCCCGCUGUAGAGGGUCGACUUGGCAGCUUUGCUGGGCUCCAUCUCCCGCUUCAUGUCCACUGACAGGCCGGGACCGCUGGCCUGCUGCGGACUCGACCUUCCGACAUACACGUCCCGGAGUGUGAGAGCCGUGAAGAGCAGCAGAGCCCCGACGAGCCCUGCCUGGCUGUACUCCGCCAUCUUGUGUGGCUGUGUUCCACUUCCGCCUUUGUACGUUAAUAUAAAUGUGUUAUCCAGUCCGUCAUUCCUAAUUCAUUGUAGACAUUUUGUAUUUUAUGACCUUACGUUUUCUUUCUGAAAGAUACACUUAAUCGACGAGUGAGUCCUGUAUUUUCACUAAUCAUCCUCUGUCGCCCGAAGAAACUGAUGACGUCAUCAAAGAUGCGACAUGUCUGCAUACAACUGACUGCUGACAGUGGAGAAAAGUGACCAGAACGCCCUCGAACAGAACCCUCAGAAGGAAUACCAUGUUUAAUCAAUAUCAACACAUGUUUUAGGAGCAGGGGGUGCCACCAUGCUGGCUCUGGAGGGGGUUCGCCUCCUGCGGCUUUCCGCCAGAACUGCCUGUGGCGCUGCGUUCCUCAGGAAAUCUCCGCCUCCUGCCGCUCACUCCGACAGCUCAGCGCGACGGCAGCUCUCCUCUGGGGACGCUGCAUCUGGAUGGUACCACCAGGUGUCUCACUCGGCUCCUGUUCACCUGGCUGAAGACUUCCUGGUUCAUGUGCAGCAGGCCAGCGGUCUGCCGUGGUGGCUCAGCAUCGCCGUCAGCACGCUGUCCAUCAGGACGCUCGUCACGCUGCCGCUGGCCGCCUACCAGCUCCUCAUCAUCGGCAAGGUGGAGGCGCUCCAGUUGGAGAUCUCCGAGCUGGCCAAGAGGCUUCGAUACGAAGUGUCCUUGCGAGCAAAGGAAAGAGGUUGGACAGAAAAACAGAGUCGGUUCCAGUUCCGGAAGAAUCUGCGCCGCCUGGUGUCUCAGCUGUACGUCAGGGACAACUGUCACCCGUUCAAAGCCAGCCUGCUGGUCUGGGUCCAGCUGCCCCUGUGGAUCAGCCUGUCCCUGGCCCUCCGGAACCUGAGCCUGGAAGAAUCAGAUCUUUUCCCUCCAGAGGUCCAAAACCUCUUCUCUUUACAAGUUUGUGACCAACGCCAUGCGAGGCUUCUCCUUGCUCAUGAUCCCCAUCGCCACCACCGUCCCCUCGUCCAUGGCACUCUACUGGUUCUCCUCCAGCCUGGUGGGGCUCUGUCACAAUCUGCUCCUUCGUUCCCCUGCCCUCCACAGGCUCCUCAAAGUUCCUACACAACGCUCCAACACGCCAUACAAGGACCUCCUCGCCGCUUUUAUCAGCAAGUAUCGCAAGUAAACAGGAAGUCCAAUGUGGGCUGUUGGACAUCAAGAGGACUCGUUGACCCGAGCCAGAACUUCAUUUCCUGUCCACUGCAUCUCUUCCAACAGCAGACAAUAAAAAUCAACUUUGACCCGCAAACAUUUCCUGUUUUCUUAAUGAGAAACUUUUUUUUUUCCCUCUGGGACAAACUGGUUGUCUCCAUUGUUGCUCAUGGACAGCAUUGUGUGUAUUUGUGUAGUACCUGUAUGUGUGUAACUACUGUGACUGAUUUUCGUGCACAAACAGAAGAAAGUUCUGGACCAGCUUCCUUGCCCUGUUAAGAAAAACAUAAUGAAGAUAAAAGGUAUGUGCGUGUGUGUGUGUGUGUGUGUCAGCAACAUUCUUUGAAAGAAAGCUGU